AUGGCUACGCCCAAGGAAAUAACAAUACCCGCGCAACCUAUGCAAUAUAACAGUAUUGGAAUGCCGUAUCCGAGUCAGUUGGAAAAAUUAAAAGAGAAACAACAACAGCAGAAUGAAUUGAAAAGUCUUUUGGCCCAAUUCGGCUCCAAAGCAAAGGCUACCGACGAGUUAGAACAAGAUGCAUCCAAACUACGUGGCAACAUCGCAAACCUCUUAACAAAAGUACAGAGCAGAGGAAGGUCACCCCAAACAACCGUAACAUCUCCAAUAAUUCAAAUGCAAUCUACUUCAGAAAACCGACUUGACUUUUUAUUAUCAAUAGUAUUUUUCCCAAUCACCAUAAUAAGGAACAUAAUCAACGCAUUUUUCAACAGUAUAAACCGGACAGCAUUUUUAACUGUAAUAUUAUUAAUAGAACUGGCUAUAGUUUACCUUAUUUGGGCAUCCAGGAGGGCACAUCAUACUUACUUGUACGUCGAGCCAUACGAGGCAGUUAUACAUGGAACCUACGGAGCAGAUCAAUCAACAUGGAGUAUUUUACGGUCUACAAUAAUAUCAAUACAAGACUUUUUUGCGGAAGUGAUGAAUGGGGGUCGCGGGUUCGGCAGUCCCAGUUAUGAUGGAUUUGUGCCUAUAUAA